AUAAAUAAAUAGUUACAAUAAGUUAAUUCACAUAUCUUAAUGGUCUUAAUUUAAGACUGAAGUAUAAAUCUAAAUUCUGAUCAAGAGAUUCACCAGGUGAUUGUAGUACUGUAUUUCAUGCAAAGUUGUUCUGUACUGUUUUUAUUUUCAUGCACUGCAGAGAAGAAGGAGUGUGUAUUUUUUUCUUACCCAUAUUCUGCUAUAUUCUGCUAGAGAUGCUAUUAGCCCAUCCCAGCACAGGAGGUGGUAUUUGCUGCAAUACAGGUCGGGAAAAAUAGUUUGUGCAUUUGAGUACGGCAGAAUUCACUUAUACGUGUAGAAAAACAUUCUGGGAAUUUCCCUAAAUUUCUAUCACUUUAUUUGAUUAUAAUCUAUAAACUUUACUCUGCAUCAUCAGGGGGUGAAAGGAAUUCAGAAUCAUAGACAACCAUCUCUGAGAAACAAAGUUUGCACACAUGUAUCUUUGUAUUUUUCUAAAACAGUACAAAAGCCAUAAAUCACCUCAUCAUUACCAAACACUCCUCCAGCCACCCUUGUGUCAAUGAUUUAACCGCUCUCUCACACACACUCCUCCUACUUGGUUGAUGUGGCUAUUUAUUGGAAGGAGCUGGUGAGCAAAAGGUAGAACCUUUAUGGUAGAACCCAGCAGAGAGCAGAACCACAACUGCCAUCAUGCUGGGCUCCUUGGUCCUGGUUUGGGUUUUCAUCUGCCUCCUCUUCCUCUUUGUCAGGACCCAGAGGCCCAAGAACUUUCCUCCUGGACCCCGGCCUGUGCCCCUGUUCGGGAACCUGUUUCAGCUGAACAUCACCAAUCCUCUGAAAGACUUUGAGAAGUUGGCUGAGCGCUAUGGGAAUGUUUACAGCCUGUAUAUUGGAGGAACACCAGCAGUGGUUCUUACUGGUUUGAAGGCUGUGAAGGAAGCUUUCGUGACCAAGGCUGCAGACUUUUCAGGACGGCCACAAAAUCUCCUAAUCAGCCAUGCAGCAGAAGGGAAAGGAAUUGUGCUUGUUGAUUAUGGUCCUACAUGGAAGGAGCAUCGGCGCUUUGCCCUCAUGACCCUGAGGAACUUUGGCAUGGGGAAGCAGUCUAUGGAGGACAGGAUUCUGGGAGAGACUGAACAUCUUGUAAAACGCUUGGAAAAAAGUGCUGGGGGCUUCAUGAAUCCUCAGACCGUGUUCCAUGAUGCUGCAUCAAAUAUCAUAUAUCUGGUUUUAUUUGGAAUUCGCUAUGACUACGGAGAUGAAACCCUUAAACAGUAUGUUAGCCUCUUCACUGAAUUUACAAAAACCACCAAUGGACCAUGGGGAAUGAUAUAUGAUACACUUCCUAUUCUGAGAGCCCUGCCCCUUCCUUUUAGGAAGGCUAUCAUAAACUUUGAGAUACUCAAAAAAAUGAUAGCAAGUAUGAUCAGUAAACACAAGACAUCAAGAGUCCCCGGGGAACCAGAAAACUUUGUCGACUGCUAUCUGGAUGAGCUUGAUAAGAGAGGAAAUGAUGGGUCUUUCAGUGAAGAACAGCUUGCAAGAUACAUUGUGGACCUGCAUGGUGCUGGGACAGAUACCACCUCCAACACCCUGCUAACAGCAUUCCUCUACCUCAUAACACAUCCAGACAUUCAGGAGAGAUGUCAGAAGGAGAUUGAUGAGGUUCUGGAGGGUAAAGCUCAUGAAUAUUUUGAGGACAGACACAAGAUGCCGUACACGCAGGCUGUGAUGCAUGAGUGUCAGCGUAUUGCUAGAACCGUCCCUCUGGGUGUGUUUCACUGUGCCAGCAGAGAUACUGAACUGAUGGGCUACAACAUCCCAAAGGGUACUGUAAUCAUCCCGAACCUCGCCUCAGUGCUGAGUGAAGAAGGCCAGUGGAAGUUUCCUCAUGAGUUCAAUCCAGCUAACUUCCUGAAUGAGCAGGGACAGUUUGAGAAGUCUGAGGCCUUCAUGCCCUUUUCUGCUGGGCCUCGUAUGUGUCUUGGUGAAGGUCUGGCUCGCAUGGAGCUCUUCCUCAUCUUGGUCACUCUGCUGCGUCGGUUUCAGUUCUUCUGGCCUGAAGAUGCAGGAGAACCAGACUUCACUCCUGUAUAUGGAAUCACACUCACACCCAAACCGUACAGGAUGGGAGUCAGACGGAGACAGCCAGCUAGAGAAACAUAGAACAUGAUGAAAAAAAUAUUAAUAUACUUGAGAAUUAUAAUAUUUAAUGAUUCUUUAUAAAUUAUGAUGUAAAUUAGGGUCAGAUUAGAUAGCUGCGUAUGAAAGUUACUUCCAACUACAACCACAGCACUAAAGAUUUUUGUGAUGAACUUCAUUCUAUGGUUUACAUGCUUUCACAAAAUAAAGCUUUAUGUUUGAUGGAUGUCACUAACAAAGUAAGUUCGGAGACUAUUUAACAACAGUUCUAACUGAGGAGCAACUGUAUCAACACAACACCCCACAGUCAGAAGCAAUAAUAAUUACAGUCAUUUUUUAAAGCUCUGCAAAAAAAUGUUAAAGGUCUCAGCUGAUUGAGCUAUUUUAAAAAGAACUCCCAUUCCAAAGUCUGACCACUGGAGUCUCAAGUUUUUUGGUUGUUGUUAUUCCAAGGAUAAGACAGUCCAACAGUCACAGGCAUUUAAUCAGAAGCAAUCUUAAAACACAGGGAGGGAGAAGGCAACUACACCAAAAAACAAAAAACAAACAUGCAAAAUGCAACCCUUUAUAACAUAAAGGAGAAUACCAAAACAGUCACUUCCAAUUCCUCAAUAGAAAUCACAACUCAAAACCUAAAUCAAGUGAUGAAACCAACUGUUUAUACAUAGGUUGAUCUUUAUUAUUAAUGGUCCCCAGACACUGCAAAAAAACACAAGAUUCCCUUUUUUUCGCAAUUGAAUUUGGUUAACUGGUUUGCUUGAUUUAGUAUCUAAGGCACAAUUACUUUUUCACAUAGGACCAGGUAGGUCUGAGCAGCAUUUUUACAUCAAUAAAUGAAAUCAUCGUUAAAAACAGCAUUUUGUGUUUGGGUUAUCUUUGUCUAAUACUAAAAGUGGUUUGAUGAUCUGAAACGUUCAAGUGUGACAAAUAUGCAACAUAGAAAAAACUGGGACGGGGACAUAUACUUUUUCACAGCACUUUACAUAACAAUGACAUAAUCAUGAAAUAAACAUGUCAUUGCAGAUGUCAUAUGUCAUUGUGAGUUGUCACGAUAGAUAAUGUCCAGUAAUACAACAGUGUCUUGUUAUUGUUACCAUUGAUCGUUGUGACGGAUGCAAUAGAUACAAUAAGGUACAUUCAGCAAAUAAA